AUGGACACAUCUGGUUCUUGGCUUUCUGGUGAGAUCGCCAACUUAAAGUCUGAAUUGGGUAUAUCAUUUGCCAGUGUUGUUAGUGGCGAAAUGGAAAAAAGCGUUCAAUCAAUUAAUCAAGACGUGAAAAAUGUUCAGAAAAAGCUGGGCAAAAAAAAUGACAGCGUUAUUAGACCAAUUUUGAUUAAAUUUAAUAAUAUUGAAGCAAAGUCACUUGUUUUCAACGGCAUCAGAAAAAUGAAGUCACUGAACGGUGAUUUGGCCUGUGCUAGAUUAAGCCAUGAUCUCAGUAUCGAUCAAAAAGCUGUACUUAAAAAGUUGCUCAACGAAGCCAGAGUGGUGGAGGAGGGAUGCAAGGAAGGUUUUUUUUUAUAUCGGGUGAAAGGGGAGGUAGGAAGGUGGAAAAUAGUGCGGUUUCGAAAGGAGAAAUAA